AUGGCGAAGGAUUGCUACUUGAAAUACAACAUCAUCUGGCUCGCCUUCGGAGGCCUGUGGCCUUCAUUCUUUAAGCACAAUAAAGCAUUGCAUGCUGUGCAUAUAAUAUACUCGCUGAUACUUUGUAUCUACUUCACGAUGUUUCUCUUAUCCGAGUACAUAGACCUAUUUCAAAAUCUGGACGCCGGUCUAUUCGAAAUCGUGAACAACUUAACAGUCACGUUGCUAUACACCGUGACCAUGGUAAAAUUGUUGGUGGUAAUGUACAGCAACAAAAUAAGAAAGAUUGUGCAGCAGAUCAGGAUAACGGAACACAUAAUAUUAGAAGGCGAUGACGAGGAAGCAAAGAAUAUUUUCUAUAAAGCUGCCAAAUUGAACCACUUGCUGAACAACGGUUUUAUGUUUCUCGACUUUCUGACAGUAGAACUGUUCUAUAUAUAUCCUUUCGUUCACAUGUUCUCCAACUCACCAGAGAGACCGUUGCCCUUUAAAUCUUGGUUUCCCUUCGACCGUUACAAAUAUUACCAUGUAUCACUUGGAUUGCAGAUUAUGGCUGGCAACGUAGGUGGAUGCUUUACUGGCACAACCGAUAUUCUCUUUUGGGCCUUCUUCAUCUACGGUAUUGCGCAAAUCAAGAUUCUUCACUCAAAAAUCGCCAAUCUGAGAAGGGAUUCGCUGCAAUACAGUUCCAAACACGGAACCGAUCUGGAUUCAAGCGUGAAAUGCUUGGUCAUAAAAUGCAUCCGCCUACAUCAGAUCAUCAUCAAAUAUUUUAAGGAUGUGAAUGCAUCCGUCAACAUCUUAAUGUUACUUGAUUUUUUUAUCUGUUCCCUGCAAUUCGGUUGUAUUGGAUUUCAAAUGAUCAUUGGUGGAUUCAGUGUUUCGCAGAUUACCACCUUGGAAUAUUUAUUCGUUGUUAUGCUGCAAAUGUUUAUUUUCUAUUGGUACGCCAAUGAAAUCAUUAUUGAGAGUCAACAUUUAUCCAUGGCGGUGUGGGAGAGCGAGUUCUACGAGUUUUCAGUGGAUACUCAGAAAACUUUGUUAAUUAUCAUGAUGCGAUCGCAGAAGCCCUUACAUAUAACGUUGGGACCAUUCAAUCCUAUGUCUAAUGCUAUUGCGAUCACUAUUGUACGAUUCUCAUACUCUUACGUCGCACUUCUUAGACAAUUUUACAAUUAA